AUGGCAGCAGCGAUUGGUCUGAACGGAGUAAAGGUUGGAACAACGUCGUCUCAGGCGUAUCUGGAAGGAAAGGCCGUGAAGGAGACGAAAGCUCUUAUGGCGGAACUGUGUCGCCACUUCUACGGUUUGGGAUGGGUAUCGGGAACUGGUGGCAGCAUCAGCAUCAAAGUCCACGAUGAUUCCAUUCCCAAACCUCAACAACUCAUUCUCAUGUCCCCUUCUGCUGUUCAGAAAGAAAGAAUGGAACCAGAGGAUAUGUAUGUGUUAUCUGAGAAUGGGUCAGUUUUGUCUGCCCCAUCUCCCAAACCUUACCCACAUAAGCCUCCCAAGUGUACUGAUUGUGAUCCACUUUUCAUGAAGGCAUAUGAAAAGCGUGAUGCUGGGGCUAUCAUUCACAGUCAUGGGAUAGAAUCUUGCCUUGUAACAAUGAUCAAUCCUUUUUCAAAGGAAUUCCGAAUUACUCACAUGGAGAUGAUAAAAGGGAUCAAGGGGCAUGGUUAUUAUGAUGAACUAGUGGUCCCAAUAAUUGAUAACACAGCCCAUGAACAUCAACUCACAGAAUCUUUUGCUAAAGCAAUUGAAGACUAUCCAAAAACAACAGCUGUGCUUGUUCGCAACCAUGGGAUAUUUGUUUGGGGAGACUCAUGGAUCAGUGCUAAAACUCAGUCUGAGACUUACCAUUACCUCUUUGAUGCUGCUAUCAAACUUCAUCAAAUGGGAUUGGACUGGUCGACUCCAAAUCAUGGUCCAAUACAAAGUGCACGGAGGGGUUUAAGUAUUGCUGGGGAGUCAAAUUUGUCUACAAAGGCAAGGAAAGAUAACAGCGACAUUGGUCCAUAUCCACGUUGCAUUGUUCUUGACAUUGAAGGAACUACUACUCCCAUAUCAUUUGUUUCAGAGGUUCUCUUUCCGUAUGCCCGUGAUAAUGUUGGGAGGCAUCUUUCUGCAACAUACGAUACUUCUGAAACUAAAGUCGAUAUCAAAUUGCUUCGCUCCCAAGUUGAAAGUGACAUUGAACAAGGGAUUGCAGGUGCUGUGCCUAUCCCCCAAGAUGAUGCUGGGAAAGAUGAAGUCAUUUCUGCUAUAGUUGCUAAUGUGGAUGCUAUGAUCAAAGCGGAUAGAAAGAUCACUGCCUUAAAAGAGUUGCAGGGUCAUAUAUGGCAAACUGGUUAUGCGAAUAAUGAAUUGGAGGGAAUAGUUUUUGACGAUGUACCUGAGGCUCUAGAAAAGUGGAAUGCCUUGGGCAUAAAGGUGUACAUAUAUUCGAGUGGCAGCAGAUUGGCGCAAAGGCUAAUAUUUGGAAAAACAAACUUUGGGGACCUAAGAAAGUUCCUAUCUGGGUUUUUUGACACCACAGUGGGGAACAAAAAAGAGACACAAAGUUAUGUUGAAAUUUCUCAAUCACUUGGUGUGGAUAAUCCAUCAGAUAUUUUAUUUGUCACCGAUGUAUAUCAAGAAGCUACAGCUGCAAAGGCAGCAGGUUUGGAGGCAAUAAUUUCUAUUCGACCUGGAAAUGGACCUCUCCCUGAAAAUCAUGAGUUCAAGACUGUCAAAUCCUUCUCGGAGAUCUAA